GUCUGGUUUGUUUUUCCCCAAAAAGGGGCGGUGACGAAAUUUACAGUCAAGUUCCCGGAUGUGCCAGUAGUCCGUAUACAAGAUAAACAUUCAAUUUAUUAAUUUCUAAAUAACAUCCCAUAGCCUAUAUAUUUUAAUAAUUAUGCAUAUUUAUACUGUAUCCAUUCAUAGGUCUUAAACUGCAUGUUGUAAGAUUAGUCGUAGUAGGCUUAUACCGAAAUGUUUUACUGCAAAACAUUAUAGCAAAAAAAAAUUACAUUUCACCCUAAAGGUACUACUUUUAUUGUAGUUAUAAGUAAAGUUCGUUUUUAUGUCAAAAGAAUAACUUAAUUUAGUUACGACUUAAUGCGGAAAUGGUAAUGCAGCAACACGUGUAUGACGUGUCUUGUGGUAAAACUGCCGACCAAUGGGAUAUCUGGAUCCAACCCCGCCCCCUGGAUGUCGUGUUCUGCAGUGAGGCGCUACUUGAUUUUGGACGCAGCCACAACAAAUCAGUUCAUCUGAAUGGAAACUCUGAGGAACAGAAAUUUGCAACAUCGUUAUGAAGCGAGAGAGCGAGAAAAAUACGCAAAAAUUCAGGCUACAUCAAAAAUGAAUUCAAAAUGGAACUUAGUGGAAGACCAUCUCCCAGAAAUGUGCAGAUGAAUGUUGACACACGGGUUGAGAACCACACAGGGUGACAGGCGAUAAUCUUCAAAAUGAAAAUGACUUGUUGCAGUAUUGUAUUUCUAUGUUUUCUGUAUUUCAAAAUAUCUCUAAGCAGGUUAAAGCAGCCCUACCCCCCACAGCAGAAGAACCAUUACACAACAUCAAACCAGGGGAUUAUUCAUCGAGGGCGCAGGACCCCAACUCUAACUGUGCUCAACCUCUUCGCCACAAUUCAAAAGAAUCAUCAAGGGUGCACGACCCCAACUCUAACUGUGCUCAACCUCUUCGCCACAAUUCAAAAGAAUCAUCAAGGGUGCACGACCCCAACUCUAACUGUGCUCAACAUCUUCACUGUGCUCAACCUCUUCGCCACAAUUCAAAAGAAUCAUCAAGGGCGCACGACCCCAACUCUAACUGUGCUCAACCUCUUCGCCACAAUUCAAAAGAAUCAUCAAGGGCGCACGACCCCAACUCUAACUUUGCUCAACCUCUUCGCCACAAUUCAAAAGAAUCAUCAAGGGCGCACGACCCCAACUCUAACUGUGCUCAACGUCUUCGCCACAAUUCAAAAGAAUCAUCAAGGGCGCACGACCCCAACUCUAACUGUGCUCAACGUCUUCGCCACAAUUCAAAAGAAUCAUCAAGGGCGCACGACCCCAACUCUAACUGUGCUCAACCUCUACGCCACAAUUCAAAAGAAUCAUCACGGGCGCACGACCCCAACUCUAACUGUGCUCAACCUCUUCGCCACAAUUCAAAAGAAUCAUCAAGGGCGCACGACCCCAACUCUAACUGUGCUCAACCUCUACGCCACAAUUCAAAAGAAUCAUCAAGGGCGCACGACCCCAACUCUAACUGUGCUCAACCUCUUCGCCACAAUUCAAAAGAAUCAUCACGGGCGCACGACCCCAACUCUAACUGUGCUCAACCUCUACGCCACAAUUCAAAAGAAUCAUCACGGGCGCACGACCCCAACUCUAACUGUGCUCAACCUCUUCGCCACAAUUCAAAAGAAUCAUCAAGGGCGCACGACCCCAACUCUAACUGUGCUCAACCUCUUCGCCACCAUUCAAAAGAAUCAUCAAGGGCGCACGACCCCAACUCUAACUGUGCUCAACCUCUUCAACACAAUUCAAAGGAAUGAUCAAGGGCACACGACCCCAACUCUAACUGUGCUCAACCUCUUCGCCACAAUUCAAAAGAAUCAUCAAGGGCGCACGACCCCAACUCUUAACUGUGCUCAAUCUCUUCAACACAAUUCAAAGGAAUCAUCAAGGGCGCACGACCCCAACUCUAACUGUGCUCAACCUCUUCGCCACAAUUCAAAGGAAUCAUCAAGGGCGCACGACCCCAACUCUAACUGUGCUCAAUCUCUUCAACACAAUUCAAAGGAAUCAUCAAGGGCGCACGACCCCAACUCUAACUGUGCUCAAUCUCUUCAACACAAUUCAAAGGAAUCAUCAAGGGCGCACGACCCCAACUCUAACUGUGCUCAAUCUCUUCAACACAAUUCAAAGGAAUCAUCAAGGGCGCACGACCCCAACUCUAACUGUGCUCAACCUCUUCGCCACAAUUCAAAAGAAUCAUCAAGGGCACACGACCCCAACUCUAACUAUGCUCAACUUAAUGCGGAAAUGGUAAUGCAGCAACACGUGUAUGACGUGUCUUGUGGUGAAACUGCCGACCAAUGGGAUCUCUAGAUCCAGCUCCGCCCCUGGAUCUGAAUCCAACCACGCCCCCUGGAUGUCGUGUUCUGCUGCAGUGAGGCACUACUGGGAAAUAGUGUUAAUAUUGUACGCUGUGAUCUGCUGCUACUAAACACUGCUGAUCAGAGUGCCAUGAAAAUCUGAGAUUUCUUUGGCUUUCAAAUAUGUCAUGUUAUUCAACUGUUUAACACCCCUUAAUUGUCGCCGUCCCGUAUACGGGACACCUGAGUUUACUUCAAUAUUUUUGACGUACAUUUUAAUCUAUCACAACAAACUAUAUAUUGUUGGAAAGGUCUAAGCCUCUAGAAUACACAUUUCAGCAGUGUUUUAUAAAAUAAAUUAUGUAGAGAGA